CUUCCAUCUUUCUUUCCGCCGCAGCCCAGCCGCCCAUCCUUCCCCUUCUCUCCGUUCGCGAAGCAAAACCGCCACCGACCGACCUCCAUUCCUCUUCUCCUUCCCGUUCGCAGCCCCGCCGCAAACCGUCGCCUCCCUUCCCUUCCAUUUUCUUCUUCCGUCCGCAGCCCUGCCGCAAACCGCCGCGUCUCCCCUACUGAAGCCGAGCGCCCGCGACCCUUCUCCUCUUCUCUUCAGUUCGCAAAGCAGCCGUACGCGUCCAGAUCUGCCGCCGUCCAGAUCUGCACCGCAAGACCGCGCCGUUGCCCUUCCGCCGCUGCCCGGUCCAGAUUUGCGUCACCGUGUACAGCCUCACCGCCGCUGCAACCGUUUCUACCGUCUCCUUCCCCUUCUCUCCGUUCGCGCAGCAACCGCCCCAACCGUCCUCUUCUCCUUCCGGUCGUGCCCAGCCGCAGCCCAGCCACAACCGCCGCCCCUCUUCUCCUUCCUCCCGUGCGCCGCGACGACCCCACCGUCUUCUUCUCUUCCGUUCGCAGCAGCCGUCGGCCGCCGCGUCUCCCCUACUGAAGCCGAGCGCCGCGACCUCAAUUCCGAUCUGCUGUCUCCAGAUGCUGUUGUUUGCUUAGAUUCCGUAAAUAAAUUACCAAAUGUGGGCAAGGAAUGUAAAUCAAACCAUCCUGUGGCAGAGUAUUUGAAAUCUUUGAUUGAUUGGUUGAAUGUCUCUGUAACUGAGGGAGAGAUAAACCUCUCUGAAGCCUGCAAAAACAGCUUUGUUCAUGGUGUGUUACUCACUUUGCGGUAUUCUUUUGAGGAGCUGGAUUGGAAUUCAGAUGUUGUGCUGUCUAGUAUAUCGGAGAUGAGAAGUCUACUGGAAAAGCUUUUGGAGCUUGUGAUGCGAAUAACUUCCCUGGCACUCUGGGUGGUUUCAGCAGAUGCCUGGCAUCUUCCUGAAGACAUGGAUGACAUGGUUGAUGAUGAUGCCUUUGUGCUGGAUGUUCCAGAUGAGACUAAUAUGUCCACGUCCUUUUCUGAGCUGGAAGACAGUAAGGAAAAAACUACAGACAAUUCAAGAACAUCAGAACAGACUGUGAUGGUUGGUUGUUGGCUUGCAAUGAAAGAGGUUAGUCUUCUUCUGGGAACAAUCACAAGAAAAGUUCCACUGCCUGCUGCUUCUGAUUCAUUUGAAUCUGAUCCCAACGAUUCCAUUAUGCCAAGACAAGAGGAAGUACUUGAUGUAAAACAACUUAAAGUUAUUGGGGAUCACUUUUUGGAAGUUCUUUUGAAAAUGAAACACAAUGGUGCGAUUGAUAAAACAAGGGCUGGAUUUACUGCUCUUUGCAACCGUUUACUUUGUUCAGAUGACCAAAGGUAUGUUUCUUUAAUGCUUUUUGCAAGAGUUGAAGCUAACUCCUCCUAUAUUUUAUUCUUCCAGAUAGGCAGGGAAAAUAAAAUUGUUUUGCUCUACUUUUAAUAUCAAGUCUUAUAGUGUCUUGUCUUUAUGCUUUGGGAAAAAUUCAAAGAUUUGGGGAAAAUUCAAUUUUAUUCUUAAACUUGGUAAGGUUGAUUAAUUUUUAUCCUGAACUCUCAAUUUAAUUGAAUUGAACCAGGAUCAGUGUUUCAAGUUUUACUCUCAAUUCAACUUAUGCUGAAAUCACCCAAUAAUUCACCCAAUUUAGCAAAAUUUCUCAAGAUUCUUCAAUUUCAACAAAAUACUAAACUCUAACAAAUCAAGACAGAAAACAAUCUUUGGAUAAGGCUUAAUUCGAAGUUGGGAGUACUGAGUGUGGAUACGUCAUGAGGUAUUUGAGAGAAAUUGUGACUAGGGGAAGCAUUGUCAUAUCCGAUGCGGUAUGUUAUAUAUCAAACUAUAUUAAUUUUGUGAGUUAAUUGGUUUAUUUGUAUAGUCAGUUAAUUCAUUUAAUUUAUUUUGCAUGUUUAUAUAUAGAUUGAUACACGAAGAUCAUAUACUUUUGAUUAUUGUUGUAGCUGGUUUUGUGACUUUGUAAGUUGAUUUGAAUUCAUGCCAAUGUAAUGCCAUAUGAAAUCUAAUGUAAAACCUAUUUCAUUAUGUAUAUGUAAAGUCUUGGAAUUGAAUAUUAUAUAUGGUGAAUGGUUUUAUUUAUAUA